UCCAUCCCAAGUAUAAAAUCUUUAGUCCCCUGGGUUGAAUACCCUCUUUUUUUUUAGAAAACUUCUCAUAGAAGAAAAAAUGCAACCCUCUUCAACUUUACGUGCUGCUCAUAAACCACUUAUUCGUUUCCUUGGUCCUAGAGCCAACCUCUGGAAAGAUGCUCCUCACCAUGUUGGUCCUCAUCCUUUGACACCUCCUAAUCUCGUCAAGCACGUUGCUCAACCUACUCAAACACCCACCAAGUCAGUCACAAGCAGUAAAAAUGCUAUUGAAUUUGGCCAGUUGGCACCCAAGUAUCAUCGUACACUUAUUUCAGAAGCAGAAAUGGAAGCUAUUGAGAGUGGUGGUGCUACUGCUUUGUUUUAAAGACAUGUAAAAUAAACCAUUGUAUUAUUCAGCGAAUG